UCAACUCGGCGAAAUAGGCACGAUAGGUAAGAAGAGGUUGAGGAACGGAGCGGUAGAUGGGAGAGUGGCUAGUCACGUUCUUCAUUUUUCCCCUCAUCAAACGUGGCGAAGUGGGGCGGGGCUGGAUUAACCCUCGGGCUGCGUUGGGCCCUUGACCAUACCUACGACUUCAAAACCAGCCCUCUCCACGCGCCCCCUGUGUCUGUCAACAAUUUGGCUGUCGCCCUUACAAGUCCUCCACUCGGUAUAUGCUCUUUCAAGUCCGCUACUUGAGGGCAUGUGGGACACCAGAUUUCAGAAGAAAAAGGUGUACCUCGAAUGGGAGAGGAUAUUCUCUACCUUUGAGAAUUCACGCUUGCGGAAACAGAAAGCCAUCCGGGCCGUCGUGCAACGAUAUGACCCGAUAGUCCUCCUUUACAAUCCAGAUGUUGUGAAAACAUUGCAAGCCCUAUUGAAAGAGAACAUAUUCCAGAACAGUUGGGCAGCGCCCCGUGCCUUUCCCGAGCUUUUUCCAUCCGAGGCCAAACCGGACACAGCACCUCCGCAACAGCCAGCUGGCUCUACCACUCAGGCCGUGUUCGGUAUGGACGGACCAUCUAAGGAGCUGUUAACUUCCUUCAAACAGCUUUACGCCCGUGGAGAAUACGCAGAUCUCGUCAUCACUUGUCAUGGGAAGCAGCACCAGGUACAUAAGGCCAUUGUAUGCCCACGGUCUGACUUUUUUGCCGCAGCCUGUCGCGGAGAUAUGAAGGAGGCGCGCACCGGAAUCAUCGAUCUUCCUGAUGAUGACCCCCAGGUCGUUGACAUGAUGGUUUAUUACUUCUACCACCUUGACUACAGUACGCCUCCGCUACACAUAAUCAAAGGCAAGGAGGUUACCGACCAGAUGGAUACUCAUGGUGACGGUGACGAUGUCACGGCAUCGCGUCCUUGCUAUUCGGAUCUCGUUGUACAUGCGAAGAUUUACGCCCUUGCAGGGAAGUAUUUUAUCGGUGGCCUUAAGGCCCUCGCACUACAAAAGUUUGAGGCGGCAACCCAGAAGCACUGGGCCCCAGGUGAUUUCCUAGAAGCAGCGCAAGAGGUGUACACGUCUACUCUCGACUCCGACAGAGGACUAAGGGAUGCUAUAGUCAAGACUCUUUUUGAACAUCGCGACUUGCUGGUUCAGGAAAACACUCGAGGCGUCCUCAAGCGAUUAGAUACCUUGACAUAUGAUCUCCUCAUGUAUGUUAACCAGAAGGUUACACACUGGCGCUGAGAUCCUAAAGAAAUAGUCAAGCUCUUAGCAAAUAUGCAUGAGGCUUAAGCGAGGCGACGUCCCAUGACGUACAUGUAUCAGAAACUUCUGAUAGAAGAAAUAUCGCCGUGACUAGAAAUUGCCGCAAAGCGUAGGGGAUGCCGAAGCCAAGUUGGAGAAUGCCUAAGGAGUUGAUUUUUACUGUAUAGCGCAGGCCUUAUGAGGAGAUCAGCAGAUACCUAUUAAUUGAUAUUAAGUAAUUCAGGACACAUUGAGGGAAUAAAGAUAACGUUCCUGCAUUUGGGCGUCUUAGUUCUUGUUAGGCCCCACUCGGGCGCACGUU